AUGGCGACGACGUUGGUGAGCUCUGCCGGUGGUAUGUUGGCGAUGCUCAACGAGUCUCAUCUCUCGCUCAAGCUUCACGCUCUCUCUAACCUCAACAAUUUGGUUGACAGCUUCUGGCCUGAGAUCUCCACCAGCGUUCCUCUCAUAGAGAGUUUGUAUGAAGAUGAGGAGUUUGAUCAGCACCAAAGGCAACUUGCUGCACUGCUUGUAUCUAAGGUCUUUUAUUACUUGGGGGAGCUGAAUGACUCACUAUCCUACGCCCUUGGAGCUGGUCCUCUGUUUGAUGUUUCAGAGGAUUCUGACUAUGUCCACACUCUUCUAGCUAAAGCUAUAGAUGAAUAUGCUAGUCUCAAGUCUAAGGCAGCGGAGUCAAGCGAUGAUUCUAUCAAAGUGGACCCAAGGCUUGAAGCAAUUGUUGAGAGAUUGUUGGAUAAGUGUAUAGUGGACGGAAAAUACCAACAAGCUAUGGGAACUGCCAUUGAAUGCAGGAGAUUGGAUAAACUUGAGGAAGCAAUUACAAAGAGUGACAAUGUUCAGGGAACUCUAUCAUACUGCAUUCAUGUCUCUCAUUCCUUUGUGAGCCUUAGAGAAUACAGACAAGAGGUUCUCCGUCUCCUUGUUAAAGUAUUCCAAAAGCUUCCUUCACCAGAUUAUCUUAGUAUUUGUCAGUGUCUUAUGUUCUUGGAUGUGCCGGAGGGUGUUGCGAGCAUAUUGGAAAAACUUCUACGUUCUGAAAACAAAGAUGAUUCUCUUUUGGCAUUUCAAAUAGCUUUUGAUUUGGUAGAAAACGAGCAUCAAGCUUUUCUUCUAAAUGUUAGAGAUCGCCUUGCAUUGCCAAAGUCUCAACCUUCCGAAUCUGUAGAGCCAAAACCCAGUGAUGCAGAUUCUACUCAGAAUGCUGGCGUGAAUGGAGCAGAUGAUGUUCCAAUGGUUGAUGGUGAAUCGGCUUCUGCUGUCAGUGUGCCUGAGGAUCCAAGUGAGAAGUUGUAUGCUGAGAGGUUAAGCAAAAUAAAGGGAAUUUUGUCCGGGGAAACUUCAAUACAGCUGACUCUGCAGUUCCUUUACAGUCAUAACAAAUCUGACCUCCUUAUUCUGAAGACCAUAAAGCAGUCUGUCGAGAUGAGAAAUAGUGUCUGCCACAGUGCUACCAUCUAUGCCAAUGCUAUAAUGCAUGCUGGAACAACUGUGGAUACUUUCCUGCGGGAAAAUUUGGAUUGGUUGAGCAGAGCCACAAAUUGGGCCAAAUUUAGUGCAACAGCUGGACUUGGUGUUAUACAUAGAGGUCAUUUGCAGCAGGGAAGAUCACUGAUGGCACCUUACUUGCCUCAGGGUGGGACAGGUGGUGGUGGUAGUCCAUACUCAGAAGGUGGUGCUCUCUAUGCCCUUGGUCUGAUUCAUGCCAAUCAUGGAGAGGGCAUCAAACAAUUCCUCCGUGAUAGCCUGCGCAGUACUACCGUUGAGGUCAUUCAACAUGGUGCAUGUCUGGGUCUUGGAUUGGCAUCCCUGGGAACUGCUGACGAGGAUAUUUAUGAAGAAAUAAAAAAUGUUCUCUACACUGAUAGUGCUGUUGCCGGUGAAGCUGCUGGAAUCAGUAUGGGCUUACUCAUGGUUGGAACAGGCAGUGAUAAGGCAAAUGAAAUGCUCACUUAUGCACAUGAGACACAACAUGAAAAGAUUAUAAGAGGGCUAGCACUGGGAAUUGCUCUUACAGUUUAUGGCAGAGAAGAAGAAGCUGACACUUUAAUUGAGCAGAUGACUCGUGAUCAGGAUCCAAUAUUACGUUAUGGUGGCAUGUAUGCACUGGCUUUGGCCUAUAGUGGAACAGCAAACAAUAAGGCCAUUCGUCAAUUACUGCACUUUGCUGUGUCGGAUGUGAGUGAUGAUGUUAGGAGGACUGCAGUCCUAGCAUUAGGAUUUGUAUUGUACUCUGAUCCAGAGCAGACUCCGCGAAUCGUUUCUCUCCUAUCAGAAUCCUACAACCCACACGUUCGUUAUGGAGCGGCUCUUGCUGGUGCCCUCAUAGCAAUGGCUAUGGUCAUGGUUCAGAUUAGUGAAGCUAGUGAUUCACGUGUUGGAACAUUCAGGCGACAAUUGGAGAAAAUUAUCCUGGACAAGCAUGAGGAUACCAUGAGCAAGAUGGGGGCAAUUUUGGCCUCUGGAAUACUUGAUGCUGGCGGAAGAAAUGUGACCAUAAGAUUACUUUCUAAGACAAAGCAUGAUAAAAUUACUGCAGUAGUCGGUCUUGCAGUUUUCAGCCAGUUUUGGUAUUGGUACCCUCUUAUCUAUUUCAUUAGCUUGGCUUUUUCACCAACGGCUCUUAUCGGCCUCAACUACGAUCUGAAAUCUCCAAAGUUUGAGUUCUUGUCACAUGCAAAACCUUCACUUUUUGAAUACCCUAAGCCUACUACUGUUCCCACCACUACUUCAACUGUUAAACUUCCAACAGCUGUUUUGUCGACGUCAGCUAAGGCCAAAGCUCGGGCUAGUAAGAAAGCUGAAGAACAGAAGGCUAGUGCUGAAGUUGCAUCUGGUCCCGACUCUACAUCCGCUUCAAGUGCUGGAAAAGGGAAGUCUUCAAGUGAGAAGGAUGGAGAAGCUAUGCAGGUUGAUAGCCCAGCGGAGAAGAAAUCUGAACCCGAGCCUUCUUUUGAGAUUCUAACAAAUCCAGCAAGAGUGGUUCCUGCUCAGGAGAAGUUUGUGAAAUUUUUGCAGGACAGCAGAUAUGUACCAGUUAAGUUGGCACCUUCAGGAUUUGUGCUUCUUAAAGACUUGCGUCCUACUGAGCCUGAAGUCCUCGCCAUCACUGACACACCUGCAUCUACCACAUCAACAACUGCUGGCGGAUCAGGAGCAGGAUUGCAGAGUUCUUCAUCAGCAAUGGCUGUGGACGAGGAACCUCAACCUCCUCAACCAUUUGAGUACACUUCAUAA